AUGGCGGACCGGAAAUCCAUCGACGUGGAAGCCGCUCCGCGUGUACAGCUCGCGAAGAAGACCAUGUGGCAGUCGAUAUUCGAGAACCCUAAAGUCCUAUUUAUUGCUUUCUUCGCCUCCCUCGGCGGUUUCGAAUAUGGAUACCAGCAGGGUGUUCUCGGCCAGUCCUUGGUCAUGACCCGCUUUACUGAGAAUUUCCCAACUGUGGUCGCAUCCUCCACGGCGACCGGGUGGCUCACAUCGAUUCUCCAAGUUGGAGGUAUCAUCGGAUCUUUGUCAGCUGGUGUCCUCGGCGAGAUCUUCUCCCGUAAAUACACCAUGUUUUUCGCGUGCUGCUGGGUCAUCCUGGGAAGUUAUCUUUACGUCGGAGCCACCUAUGGGAACCCAUCUUGUCUGUAUGCCGGCCGAUUUUUCACUGGUAUUGGCGUCGGUCUGUUCAGUGGUGUUGGCCCUCUUUACAAUGCGGAACUUGCGGCCCCAGAGAUGCGAGGUCUCUUGGUGUCGUUUUACCAAUUCGCGACUAUCCUCGGUAUCAUGAUUUCCUUCUGGGUUGGAUAUGGAAGCAACUACAUUGGUGGAACUGGUGAAACCCAAUCGAAUCUCGCUUGGCGUCUGCCCUCGAUUAUUCAGGGUAUUCCUGCUGUGUGCCUGGCCUGUGGUAUUUGGUUUAUGCCGUUUUCUCCACGUUGGCUGGUGAAACAGGGACGCGACGAGGAAGCACAGGCGACUCUGGCAUGGAUGCGCAAGGUCCCUGUUGAACAUGAGCUUGUUCAGGUUGAGUACCUGGAGAUCAAGGCUGAGGCAGUGUUUGAGAAGCGUGCAUUCGCUAAAUCCGCACCUAAGCUAGCGGAGCGUGAGCGUCAGAGCAUUUUUAUGAACCAAAUUGCCCAAUAUGCCAACUGUGUUCGCUCAAUGGAUAACUUCAAGCGCGUUGCGACUGCGUGGUUGAUCAUGUUCUUCCAACAGUGGAGCGGUAUCGAUGCUAUUAUCUACUAUGCUUCCAAUGUUUUUGUUAGUCUCGGCCUGACCGGCGGUACUAUCGCUCUGUUGGCAACUGGUGUCACCGGUGUUGUAUUCAUCAUUAGCACUAUCCCCGGCAUGUUGGUUAUCGACAAGAUCGGUCGCAAGCCUAUGCUCAUUGGCGGUUCCAUCGUCAUGUUCUCGAGCAUGGUAAUUGUCGGAGUCAUUGUGGCGAAGUUCCAACAUGACUGGCCAGGCCAUGUGGCUGCCGGUUGGACCGCAGUUGCUCUCAUUUGGCUGUAUAUUGCAGGCUUUGGUGCCACCUGGGGCCCUUGCUCGUGGACCCUUGUUUCCGAGAUCUUCCCACUCUCCAUUCGUGCCAAGGGCGCUUCUAUCGGUGCUUCUAGCAACUGGAUUAACAACUUCGCCAUUGCAUUUUUUGUACCUCCCAUGCUCCAGACCUGGCAGUGGGGUACCUACAUCUUCUUUGCCGUAUUCCUGCUUGUCGGUAUUGUGUGGGUGUGGUUCUUCCUGCCCGAAACCAAGAAUGCGACUCUGGAAGAGAUGGACCGUGUCUUCGGAAGCCACACUGGAGAGCGUGACGCGGAACUUCUCCGUGAGGCCCAGCGCGAUGUUGGCCUGCUUUCAUUCAUUGAACGAAUGGGCGGUGCUACCGGUCGCGAUUUGGAGCAAAAGGAUGGCGAGCAGUACAUCGAGGCGCUGUAG